AAAUUCAUUCAACAUAUUAGGCCUAUAUAAAGUAAAAUCUGCAAAUAUCUGUCUAAUCUUGCUCACUUUUUGAUUAAUGUAGGAAAUGAAUUGUUUCUGUCAUAUAUGCAUACUACAUGCUCUGGAUCUGAACUUCAAGGCGUGUAAAGCUCGCUGAGUUUCGUACCUGUUUAAACUGUGGUCGUGUCUCAAAUCUGAUUGUGCUACAUAACUAAACAGCAUUCUUGGGUACAGGCGCUGUCAGAAAUGCUGUCCAGGUUGACGGCGGUUGAGGCACAACCUGUCCUGUGUGUGCUCCUCCCAGCUCUUUCACUCGAGUUUAGUCAUUUGCCGGUGGAGGACUCCGCUUCCACGUACCAUCAGUCCGGAACCUGUUACAGUCAUCGAUUAACAUUCAAAUGAAAUGUCCAAGGAAGGGCGCCGCUCGUGCCCCGGUUUGGGGGCGCUUUGUGAGAGACUGUUUGGGUCGUCUAAGACCGAAGUUGAAAAACCAGCGAAUACCAGCAAACUUGAGACACAAAAUGCCCCGAAUCCGCCCUCUUCUGAGCCCGCCGGUGAAAUCUACACGGCGCUGUGGCACUUCCAGGCUCGCGCGGACGAGGAACUGUCCUUCCAGGAGGGAGAGCAGUUCCGAAUCUGCGAGCGUCAGGGUGACUGGUGGACUGCCGUUAAACUGGACAGAAACGGAAGGGUGACAGCCAAGGGCGUCGUUCCUCAAAACUACCUAGCGAGAAGGAAGACGGUGAAAGAGCAACCUUGGUAUUUUGGGACGCUGAACCGUUUUGAGACCCAGAAUUUGCUCUUGGCUCCAGGGAAUGGAGUUGGUGCUUUUUUGUUGCGACACAGUGAAAGAGAUCAUAUAGGGUGUGUAUUAUCAGUGUUAAUCAGUGACAGGGAAGUGAAACACAUUAAGGUCCAUCAGAAUCAGAAUGUAAGUUUCUAUUUGGAUCAGAGUCAGAUGUUUCAAAGCCUGGAGAAUCUGGUGGAGCACUACAAGAGGAACAUCAUGAGCUGUGGUAUCUGUCUCACACGGCCAUGUGCACGGCCAGAACCAAAACCACAGGAUCUUUCCCACCAAACAGUAGAUGACUGGGAGUUACCUAAGGAGGAGUUCACUCUGGAAGAGGAGCUUGGUAAAGGAUACUUUGCUGAUGUUUACCGUGGAAAAUGGAAAGGCAUGGUCAAUGUGGCCAUCAAGAUCCUCAAAAACAACGAGUCUCUCGAUCACAGGGAGUUCCUGAUGGAGACUCAAAUACUGAAAAAGCUGAGACACAGACAUCUUAUCACACUCUUUGCCGUCUGCACAAGCUCCACCCCCUUCUACAUCAUCACUGAGCUUAUGGAAAAAGGAAACCUGCUCAGUUUCCUCCGAGGUGAGGAGGGGCAGAACCUGGAACCGCAGGAACUGAUAGAAAUGGCAAGUCAGGUGGCUGAUGGGAUGGCAUACCUUGAGGAGCAGAACAGCAUCCACAGAGACCUGGCAGCCCGGAAUGUUCUAGUGGGACCCAACUACAUCUGUAAAGUGGCCGACUUUGGCCUAGCUCGCAUCGUCAAGGACCCAUUUUACUCAUCUGAAGAUAAAACAAUUCCAUAUAAGUGGUGUGCUCCUGAAGCCAUCAGCCAUGGAAGGUUCUCCAACAAAUCUGAUGUUUGGUCAUUUGGGGUCCUCCUAUAUGAAAUGUUCACGUAUGGUGGAGUCCCAUAUCCAGCUUUCUCAAAUCAAGAGGUGUACAAUAUGAUCACCUCGGGGUACAGAAUGCCUUCGCCCCCUAAGUGCCCGUCACACAUCUAUGACAUAAUGCUGAUGUGUUGGAAAGACUCACCUCACGAAAGGCCAGAUUUCAAUGAACUGAGAAGGCUCCUGGAGAACCCCAGUACUGGAUACAUGGAAUGGACCUCUGAGAGCUGCAAUGACACAUCAGAUCCAGCAGAAGGCAUCAGUUAACAGUGCCAUGCAAAGAUAAAUGAGUGGGAAUGUCCCAAAAAUAGUUGUUUAUGUAUCUAAACACCUUUCCACUCAUUUUCACCCCUUUUUACAGUAUUCACACACUUUCACUUUUUUGUGUGCUUAUUUUCUAAUUUAAUUUGUGAAUUAUUCACAUUUAAUAUAAUCGAGCAUUCCUCAAAUCUACUUGGAUAAUACUAGUUGAUACUGAAGAUUAUUUUUUGACUACCUUUUUUUCCCAUCCCGAUUUGGAGACAGAUAAGUUUCCGAAUUGAUCACAUGGACUUAAAAAUAAAACCAGUUUAAUGUUCAUUAUUAACAGGUUAUACCUUCGUACUACAUAAUAACUUCCCUUCACCAGAUCUGCACUCUGAAUUUUAAAUUAAUGGUAUGUAUAUAAUAUAAAUAAAUUUUUGCAUCAGAAAUUUCAAUAAAUGAUCUGUUUUUCAGUAGGGACUGGAAGGGACUUAGUGAUCUUUGAAAGUUACAGUGUUUUUAUAGUUCAAUGAAAUGAAGGAUUUAUCAUAAUAUGACCCAUUUAAAUCUCUCUACUGCAAACAAGCUCUUAAACGUGAGAGAGCGAGUACACAACAUCCAGAAAAGAACAAGUUUGGCCAGUUCCUGUGGACGCAGGUCAUUUCACAAUCUCUAAAAACUUUCCACUGCAGUUUUCAGUUGGCACAGUGCAGUCGGUUCACAAGUAGAUGCUAACCGACCCUCCAAAUGAUUUAAAACCACAGAAAUAUACUAGUCAUUACACCAGACAGAAUGUGCAUUUCAUGAAAAAAAAGUGAUUCAUUGAUUGUGUGACAUUCAUGGAUUAGAUAUGAUUUUGGACUAUUUAUACUUUUCGUACAAACACACACACACACACGUACUACAGAUGCAACACACCCUGCUGAUUGUUGCUACUGCUGAGACAUUCAAACUCAGUAACAUGAGUGUUGCCACAAAGUGUUCAUGUUGUGGGUGCAUGGCGGGCAGAAAUAGAAUUGAGAACACUUGCCUGGCCAGACUAAUCGGAAAAAACUGACAGGAUGUUCAGGAAGGUGACAUCUGCGUGAUGAUUGACAUCUCUGGAGAAUUUUGAACACCUCUUGUGCUCUGCAUUCAGACACCCAAUCAUUCAGACUUCAGCAGCAGGGCUACAAAUCAGAAAAGAGUUAAAGAGGGUUAUAACGAAGGCCUUGUAUACAUUCAUGCUGUCUGUUUUCUUUUAAAUAAUUGAUCUGCUUUUCAGUUUUCAUCUCAGCUUUAAGUGUUUGUUGAAAUACAAUCACAGCCUUGUUUCACAAAGCAGUAUCACAAGGGCUGUUUGGUUACCUGUCACUCCCUGUCGAACUUACAUUAAGCCCAAGAGACAUAUUUCUUCAAACAAGUGGUGUGUGUUGUGCUAUUUAUUUUACUUUGCUUCGUAAAUCUGUUUUAUAAAAUACUGUUAAGUAGGUUUGUAGUACGUUUUACCAUGUUUCUGGAUACAAAAUAGGUGAAAAACA